GUGCAGGCCACCAACGAGGGAGCCAGCAUCCCUGUGGCUGCUACCAUACCGGUGAUUUCGGCCCCGGUGUUGCCUCUGGGUCUGAGCUCUGUCCCGACGGCCAGCGUGAUCGGUCCCUUUGUGACCCCCGUCCCUUCCGCUUGACCGAGGGUAACGUUCCCACCGAGCAUGGCUCAGUUCAUGAAUGACCCAGCCAACCUACAAGCCAUCCAGGGCUUUGGCCAGGUCAUGACCAUGUGCCAACAGAACGGGGGGAUGCCUUUCCUCCCUGGUAUGUUCCCAUUCGCCCUUCCAGACGCGGGGACGAUGCCUCUACAAGCUCCGAUGGCGGUGACGUCGUUCCAGACGCCGAUGCCGCAACCAUCACCUUUCCAGCCCCAGCUGGUCAGCACCAUGGCCCCGGUCAACUUGGUCGGUGCACUUAAUGCUGCAGGGCCGUUGCGUCCCCCGCAAGCUACGGAUCCACAGGUCACUUCUGAUGGUCAUUGCGUCUCGAUUGAGAGCGAUGACGGCGAGUGGGACAUCCCGAGGGCCCACAAGAAGAAGAAAGGAAAAAACAUCCGGCCAGCGACCUCCCGAAACUCCGUCUUCGAAAGGCUGGGGGAUAGGGAGGAAGGCCAGAGGAAGUCGGCCAAGCAGAGGCUGGGGCAGAGUGUUGCCCAUGUCAGCGCAUUCACCCGGCUAGGCGAGGUGCGGGAGGCCGAGCCUGCCCGCACCCGGCGCUCCCGGUCUAACCGGCAGGAGCCAGCGAGGACGAGGGCCUCCCACCAGGAAGGGGAGGCAGAGAGCCAGCCCAGGUUACCGGUGGCGAACUGGUUAACCAUCCCAAACGACCGCGUCCAGCAAAUGGAGGCAAAGCUGGAAAGGCUGGAAAAGAAGGUUGGGGAGAAGAAUGACCUGGACAAACCCCUAGCAGGGUCCCCGUUCACCACAAGGGUCCAUCUGACACCUUUCCCGCGAAAGGUCAAGAUCGACGCCCCCAGAUUCACCGGGAAGGAAGAUCCGGAGAUCCACCUGGACUCCUUCAACCAGAGUGCGACCAUGAACGGUUGCACCGAUGAAGAAAAGUGCCUACUUUUCUUCCAGACCUUGCGGAACCGAGCCACUGAAUGGUUCAAUAAGCUUCGCCCGGGAAGCAUUGACUCGUUCAGUGAUUUGGCCUCAAAAUUCAAGGCCAAGUUCCAGGAGAAUUGUACAAAGAGGAAGAAGUUCACUUAUCUUAGUACAGCCGGGCAGAGGAAGUCUGAGAACCUCACUCAGUUCCUUACCCGGUGGAAGGAAGAGGUAGACAAGGUGGAAGAGAUGGAUGACAAGACCGUCCUCUCCCUCCUCUUGAAUGGCCUGCGUGCUGGGGAACUAUACAAGGAGUUCUACCGGAAACCCCCAGCCACAUACCAAGAGGCCUACCAUACUGCAUGGGAGUUUGCUGAAGCUGAAACCCAGCUCCGGGCAAAGAGAGAAGCUGAGCAUGGUCACAAGCCCAAGCCGGUGCAAGUCAAGAAGGAAGAAGCACCGGGACCUAGCCGGCCGAGGCACCACUAUGACCCGGUCAUCCGAGUGGUCAAUAUAGAAGAAUGCCAAGAAGUCCGGAAAGCACCGGUCAUUCCUCCAGAAAACCCUACCGGUCAAGUAGGGCGGCAGUGGUCGGGCACCUAUUGUUCGUACCACAGGUCUGAUUCCCAUAACACCUCCGAAUGCAAGAGUGUUAGAGGGGUCAUCCGGCAGAUGAUCGACAGUGGAGAGCUGGGCAAAGAUUACUUAUAGAAAGCCCAGGAGAAGAGUCAUCAAUGGUGGAAUCAUGUCUAAGUGUUACGAUCCUUUUUGGAAUGAAUUCUCCAACCCCAAACCAUAUUACUUAACCCUGACAACCUUGAGCCUAUCUCCAUCCUAAAAAGAGCCGUAUACCCUGCCCAGACUACCCCACUCCCUACUUGAAUCACUCCAUCAAAAUAACACGUUUUGUGCUAAAAGAAAAAACCAUAAGUCAAUUUCCUUUUCAUUUCCCUAAGCUAGGGCCGAAACACACCAAGCCAAACAACCAUAUUUCAUCACCCAACAUCCCACAAACAUUGUCCCCCCCUUGUCCCCUAGUACAACCAAAAUAACAAGCACAACAAGCCAAGGGAUAUUUUUGAUUACUUUGACCUUUAAACCACCAUAAAAGCCACCCUAUAAAAGCCAUAUUUCUCACACCCCACUGUCCCCCACGAUGGCAGAAUGAAUCACUCCCCAACCACCAAAUAUUCACCUCACUAGCCAAGCCAAAAUACCCAACACAUCACCCAUCCAUUUUGCCCUCUAAUAUGGCCGAAAAUCCCCUUCCAUUCAUGAAUAUUCAUUCAUGAAUCCCUGUCCCCAUUUUCCCUGAUUUUAUUCCAUGAAAGGACUCAAGCACAUGACUGCAUUUUCUAGGAUUUGUGGAAGAAAUAGCUUAGUAUUUUCCUUUGUAUGAGUGCCUUUAAAUUUCGGCCAUAGGCCUAUUGUAAUGCUCAGAUUUUUAUUCUUCAUUUCAAGAUAGAAAUACACUGGUUGUAUUCUGUUUUCAAAUCCUAAUUUCUAUAUCUUAAGGUUGGUUUCCUUAAGUGUGAGUGUUAGGUUCUAGUUAUUUAAUUGAGUGUGUAAUAUCUUAAUUAAAUUCUAGACUCAAACCCCAAGUGAGGAUAAGAGUGUGUUAUAUCUCUUAAAACCUACUUGGUUUUUAUCCCUUUUCCCCUCUUAUUUUCCCUUCCAAAUUUUCGGCCCUCCUAAAAAGCACAACCAGUAUCCCCCUUUUUCUCCCCUAUUCUUAUGCCUUUAAACCAUCUUAAAAAUCAACCCUUCAUCCUCCUCCAUAUACUCGACCAGUCCACUCCCCUCCCUUUCCAAACCCAAGCUUAAAUAUAUCA